CUUACCGUUUUAGAGCAUUACUGUACACAGACUACCGUUUUAGAGCAUUUAUUUUGUUUGACCGAGUUAAUAUUAAUUCUUACGUGGAAAUAUAUGUAAUUUGUAUAGAACACGUACCAUUCACGUGUGGCAUGUUGGUUUCUACUGGUUGCAUUACAAUGAUAUUACACGAACGAAUAUUACACCAGUGGAUAUCCAUGCCAUGUUGGUUUCGUACCAUCCUUGUCCUCUAUAUAAACACACCCAAAACGCCAACACGUCUCAAUUUGUUUUUCCUCAACAAAACCACAACUUUACUUCUCUUAUAUAUUCACGGUCUGCAUCUCUCUAUUGAGUACGUUCCAAACAUGGAGUUGAUAAUCAAACGAAACCUGAUGGUGACUCCGGCUGAAUCAACUUGGACUGGGAUUAUGUCCUUGUCAGAAUUUGAUCAAAUUGGUUCAACCACCUAUGCUCGUGCUAUCUAUUUCUACGGGCCAACCCCAACACCGACGCCAUUCCAAACCAUCACUGAAAUCCUUAUCAAUUCCUUGAGUCAGGUUCUAGUAAAUUUCUAUCCCUUGGCUGGUCGUUUGCACUCCACCAAUGAUAGUCGUUUCGAGCUCGUAUGCAACGCGCAAGGGGCCAUUUUCGUUGCAGCCGAGUUGAACGCAGAUUUGGUUGAUUUUGGAGCAGAUAACUACUUCACACCCACUCAAAACUUUGAUCGCUUCCUUUUCCCAUACAUAGACGACACUAAUCCAAUUCACGAACUACCUAUUCUGUUGGUGCAGCUCACUCAAUUCAGGUGUGGUGGUUUAUGCCUAAGCUUUACCUCCUCACACAUCAUCACUGACGGACUAAGCGCCGCAAACUUCAUGACCGAGUGGGCUCGAAUAGCACGAGGUCUACCAUUACAAAACAUACCUAUUUUGGACAAGAAGGCAUUUCGAGUUGGAGAAUCGGCAGUCAUACCGCGCUUUGAUCACUCGAAAGACUUCUGUAAUAUGCCGUUUAUGUUGAAACAACCUACUGCAGAAGAACUUGAGAAGAUGAAAACAACAAUGGUGACACUAAAGCUUACGAGUGAACAAGUUGAGAAAGUGAAAAAGAUGGCUAAUCACGCCAAAAUGUCACGACCAUACACGCGUUAUGAGGCCUUAACGACAUAUAUUUGGAGGUGUUCGAGUAAAGCGAGGAAGCACCAGCAAGAACAGCCUACGGCUUGUCUCAUAACAAUUGACUCACGAAAGCGUCUUCAGCCGCCAUUACCGUUUUGGUUCUUCGGCAAUGGAGUGUUCGAUAUAACGGCUAGCUGCAAUGCCGGUGAGUUGUUGUCUCUGCCGUUAAGUCACGGUGCAAGUAAGGUACGGUCGGCGAUUGAGACUGUGACAAGCGAGUACGUUUUGUCAGCAAUUGACUUUUUUAAAAGUCAACAAAACUUGACCAAGUUCCAAUACUCGUAUAAGUCAUCCACUAACGGAGGAGCCAAUUAUGGGGGGAAUCCAAAUAUCGGGGUCGUUAACUGGAUGAACUUGCCGUUUGAGGGCAUUGAUUUCGGAUGGGGAAAGGAGAUUCAUUUUGGUCCGGCUAAUCACGGAGUAGACGGUGACACAUGGAUACUUCGUGGUGGUGGUAGUGAAGAUGAUAAGUCACUGUUGAUUGUUGUUUGUCUUCUGGUGGAACAUGUCGAAGCUUUCAAGAAAUAUUUCUACGACGACAUUAUUAAUAAUUACUCGUCAGAGACGUUGUCCUCGUUCUCAGAUGAGCUUAGUAAGGAGUUGAUUUAGGUUUAUCUGAUUAUAAUUGGGGGACUUUUGAGACGUUUAGAGAGUCUCAUCAGCUUUGAAAAUUCAGUUAUAUGGUAUAAAUAUUAUUGUGGAAUCUGUGUUUAUUUCCUUGUUUGUUUGAUAAUUUGCUGGAUUACUUAUAUAUUGUUUGAUUGUAUUUAGUUAUGCUGAAAUAAUAUAUUUGAUUAACUA